GAGUUGCAAGAGCUGCUGGUCCAAGACGAGUCCUUCCGGGAUGCCAACAUCGCCUUCUGCAGUGAGCCUGCCAUUGCCUGUGUAUCGAUGCAUCGCGCCGGCAAGCCCAUCGUAGGCUACUUCGGUGUCCACGUGGCCUUCUUGGUGCCGCAGGCUUGGAACCAGAAGAAGCUUUACGAAAUCUUCCGGGACGAGCUGGCAGAG